AUGAGGCACCGCGACCUCGGCCUAGAGCAGGAGAAGAAACAGGGGGGUUUUAGUCAGUUGGACCGGACAUUCAGGGGCAAAGGCCUAUGUGAGUUAAUGACGAAACCAAUUGAAGCCUUCGACAUACGACGCGAUUUCAUUGAGGAUAAGGACUUUGAUUUCUUCGAGCUCGAUCGUAAUAGCCUUGAGCCGAAUUGUCCCGACACUUUACGGGGUCCUGGAGUCCUGCAUUCCGGUUUUUUAUCCUCGAAACCCAAUAGGAUUGAAGGGGAAGGGUCUCAAAGCGGUUGGAGAGACAGAUAUGAUGGAUUUGAUGGACAAUCUGAUCGGUUUGGGGGUCAUCGGAGAGGCGGUUACGGGAAUCGAAGAUAUGAUGAUAGGUUUUAUAUUCCUUAUCAGAUUAAUCAAGGGUUGGCUCGAAGCAACGAUGACCAAGAACUCUGGGGAAAAUACGGAGGAGAGUACGGAGGGAACAGAUAUUACAAAGACAGAAACGACUAUCACAAAUCCGUCACUCACUGGCAAAUAUCCUCCGAUGUAGAACGGCCCUCCUAUGGAGUCAAACCCCAUGGAAAUACAAACUUCGACUACCAUAAUCUGGGCAAAAAUGGGGGUUCCUGGAUUGGCGAUCGAUAUGGAUAUGAUUGUUCUUCUCGCCGAAGACCAGGCAUGUCUUUAGGCACGGGGGCCAUACGAAGAGCUCUGAUAUCCCGCAACGUGGUAGAGUGUGAGGCAGCCUGCUUCAGUGAGAGGGAAUUCAAAUGUGUGUCUUAUAGUUAUAGGUAUUCAAAUUCCCAUGGCACCGACAAUUGUUUCCUGAGUGAGCGUCCUUAUCGAGGGUUGGAGCUGGCUGCUGACAGCAGUUCUGAUGUGUACGCCAUGCCUCAGGACCAGGGCUGCGUGACUAUCAACUAUAAACCUUGGGUUGAGAGUGAAUGCUUCUGGCACGUGCGAUCAGGGGCUGCAGUGAGUGACUCAGCUGUGAGGGCGGCGCUGACAGUGGCGGGGCUUGGAGCAUGUGAGGCCGAGUGUAUCAGGGCUCAUGCGUUCUUCUGUAGAGGAUUCAGUUUUAGGUUCGAUUCUCCAACUAUUGGAGAUGACCUUGAGAACUGUAUCCUCACAUCAUCACCGCCCACGUCCCUGGAGAAUGGUCGUGGAUUACGACCCAAUAGUGGACAUGAGUUAUACGCAAGGGGUAACUAUGGGAGAGGGUGUGAGCCAGCAUUGUAUGAUGAUGUCCAGCAUAAAGAUGAAGAGUGCUACCUUCAGUAUGAUAAAGCAGCUAAAUUGAGUGGUGGUGCCAUCCGAGGUCAGGCACGUGUCAAAGACGAGCAGGCUUGCGGUCGAGCCUGCAACGAGGCUCCGUUCAGAUGUCUUAGUUUCUCUUUCAAUAACAACGCCCCACCGAAAACGGACAACUGUCUCCUCUCCGAGAUCCGCCUGUUCGACCUGCAGCGGGGCGUGGACUACGUGCACUCGGCUGAUGACUGGCUCUUUGCCUUCGAUCUCUUCAAUGGACAGUGCUGGAGGAAAGUUCAUGUUGUGGAAUAUGAUGAUCCAGCUCCAGAAGUGCCACGUCCGCUAGCAGCGCCACCUAUCGAAGAUCAUUACCCGGUAUCAGGACCGUCCGGCCCACCAUCUUCUCCCACCGGAUUAUCCGGCCCAUCGGCCCCGAGUGGACCCGGAUAUCUGCCGGAUCAUGAUCAUAAUGAACCACCAUUCAUCCCCGCAUCAGGCACAUCCAGCGGACCCGGAUAUAAGCCUUACUCGCCAGGUUCCAGUUUCAAACCCGGAUAUUCCGCACCAUCUGGUCCUGGAUAUAAGCCGAAUUAUCCACCAAGCGGUCCAGUUAAACCUUACCCAGAACCGUCAGGACCACACUUUAAACCCGGUUAUCCGGGUUCUAGUUUCCAACCUGGUUAUUCAGAACCAUCUAGCCCUGGUUUCAAACCUGACUACCCCGGACCAAUAGCUCCUAGUUUUAAGCCUGUAUACCCAUCACCAGUAAAUCCUAAUCUAAAACCCGGAUAUCCCGAACCAAGUGGACCUGGUUUUAAGCCUGGAUACCUUCCAGACCCGGAUUUAAAACCCGGAUUCCGACCGUCAGCCCCACCUCAACGGCCAGUAUAUAGACCUAUUUUAGAUACUCCAGAAUAUCUGCCAGGAAAACCUGGAUAUUUGCCAGAGAAACCUGGAUAUUUGCCAGAUCACCGACCUGGAUAUCUUGGGCCUAACAGACCGGCUUAUGAUGAACGACCAUCUAGACCAACUAGGCCCGGAUCUAAACCUGGCUACCCGGAUAGGGCAGAUGACGAACCAAUUUCAGUAUCGUGGCGCCACUAUACCGUAUCCGGGUUCCCGUGCCGGGAAGGGACCACGUGUGCACAGAACACUGUUGCCGGCCAUUGGGCAUGUGAACCCGAAGGUGGAGAGAUUGGUUCCUGGGACUAUUGUUGUGCUCCUACACACCGAUGUGGCUACAGCGAAGGUUUUCACAAACCAUGGUGCUACGUUGGACCGAAUGAGGAUCAAUGGCGUCCGUGCAGUGAGAAGUACUAUCCGUACCACCAGCACAAGGUUCCUCAUCCCUCCCAAGUUCACCAGAAUUCACCUGGUCGACCUCUUCCACCAGGACAUAGGGAAGACAUUCCACCACGGCCUGUUGGGCCUCGUCCCUGGCAGGGCAGACCUGGCUACGAUAGACCGUCUCCUGUAGGACCACCUGCAGGCCCAUAUCUAUCGGAAGGUGACAGAAAAUACUGGGACGAUUUGUACAAGAAUGGACCUCAAGCGUAUUAUGAUAAAUAUGGAAAUCCCUUGCCAGGUUACUCUCGGGUCCCGACAGAAUCUCGGCCAUACAUCAAGUUCACUCACAACCAACCCCAACCUGGUAGUGGAAAUUGGCUGCCAGUGUCUCCAUCACAAGGCUCUGAUGGACCACCUCCUCCUGGUUUAGGAGUACCAAGGUACUGGCCCGUAGCCUACCUUCACAAGGGUCCACCACCAAACACAACUUACUUCCGCUACAACGAAACACAACAACAGCCGACGACAACCACUGAAAUCUACACAACGCCUCGAGAAAUAUCCACGAUCCCUCCAAGACCGGAUCACACAGAGAGACACAGAGACGAAAAACAAAGAAACAUUAGCGAUUACGACAGUCUAGAAACUACGACUGUAAAAGCUCCACAAACGACAACAGUUAAAAUCACAACAACAACAAUAACUGAAUUACCAGAAAUACAAGAAGCAGUUACCGAAAAUGUAACUGAAGUUGAAAUAGUUAAACCAGAAAAUGUUAAAUUAAGUGAAAAGAUUAAAGGUAUAGAUGAUAAGCUUGAUGAUUUCUCGAGUUCGAUUGAAGUUUUUGAUUUAGAUGAUGUUAAAGGAGAAAAAUUGUCUGAUUUGAAAACUCUUGAGGCAGAAGAACGACAAAUAGAAGAGAUUGGUAGAAUACUAGCUUCAAGACGAGGUGGUAAACUGGUCCUAGAUAAGCGAUCCCAAAAAGAAUUGGAAGCUAAAAGCAUAGCUGUUGACAAAGACCUUCUAGACUUUAAUUUCGGAAACAGAUUCAAUGUUGAGAGAAGAGGAGUUAUACAAAAAUUACCAUUCUGCUAA